ACUUGUAAAGUGUGUGAUUAAAUCAGAUCUAUUAUCCACAGUUGUGACCGUGACUUGGGAAUACAAUGGCGUGCAUACACUGUACAUUUAUGAGAAGUUUUCUAGUUCAAAUGAGUAAUAUGUCGUGUAUUGUGCGCAGGCGAGGAGACGGCGGCGCUCGGGAGGCGCGGCGGCGCGGGGGGCCCGCCGAGUUGACAGCAUGCUGAUCGUGUCCAACAACACUGGCAACCUCACCGACCCGGAGCUCGGCCUCGACCUGCCGACCAGCCCCUUCAGCCUCGCCCAGAAGAUCGUCAUAGCCAUCAUAGCCAGCGUCCUCUCCGUGCUCACCGUCGUUGGGAACUCCAUGGUCAUGAUCAGUUUCAAGAUCGACAAGCAGCUCCAGACCAUCAGCAACUACUUCCUGUUUUCCCUGGCGGUGGCCGACUUCGCAGUCGGGCUGAUCUCCAUGCCCCUGUACACGAUGUUCACGAUCUACGGAUACUGGCCGCUGGGCCCUCAUGUGUGCGACACGUGGCUCGCGCUCGACUAUCUCGCAUCUAACGCGUCCGUUCUUAACCUACUGAUCAUUAGCUUCGAUCGGUACUUCAGCGUGACACGUCCGCUGACGUACAGGGCGAAAAGGACUACGCGCAGAGCAACCGUGAUGAUAGGCAGUGCUUGGGGCUUCAGUUUGGUGCUGUGGCCUCCGUGGAUAUACGCGUGGCCGUACAUUGACGGCGAGCGGAAGGUGCCUCCGCACGAGUGCUACAUUCAGUUCAUAGAGACGAACCAAUUUAUAACAUUCGGGACGGCUAUUGCCGCGUUUUAUGUGCCGGUGACAGUGAUGUGUAUACUGUACUACAGAAUAUGGAGGGAGACCAAGAAACGACAGAAGGACCUGCCCAAUCUACAGGGCGGGAAGAAACAUGACUCGUCGAAAAGAUCGAAUUCUAGUGACGAAACAAAGGAUGCCGACGGUCGAGCCCGUUCAGAAUCCGGAGACACCGAUUCAGUUUAUCACGUACGAGGAGUGCUACACGACCACCGAUGGAGAGAAUCUAAGCCUUCCUGCGCUCGUCCACCGAAACGAGGGUGGGCGGUGGUGCGAGCGUGGUGCGUGGCCUGGUGGCAUUCCGGAAGGGAAGACACAGAAGAUACGGAGCCAGAGGAGGAACCAUCAGACCCUGGCUACGCGACACCGGUUUCUGUAGAAACCCCUCUACAGAGCUCAGUUUCGAGGUGCACGUCGCUUAAUGUCAUAAGAGAUCCAUACGCUACACGCGGUGGCUCGAGUGGCUCAGGAGAUGGGGGCACAUCCCCACUUCGUCGGACCUACGAACCCCCAGGGAUGGUCACUUCGGCCAGGGACAGCAGAUCUCUACCUCCGAACACACGAAUUAACACAACUACCUCACCAGCGCCAAAGUCUGCUUCGGCCGACUCAGUUUACACCAUAGUCAUCAGACUACCGGACGCCGAUACGGAAAGAGCGACAAUUAAAAUGAUCACCGAAGAGUCGCCUCCGUCUAUGGCUAGACCUCACUAUCGGCCCACGAGAGGAGACUCCGAGCUAAACCUACAUCCGGCCGGCCACGCGGCGCUGACGCGACGAACUUCACACAUACAGGACGUUCGAAUACCGCUCAACGCCAAAAUCAUACCUAAACAAUUGGCUGGCAAAGGCUUGACCAAGCAACCAAAGAAAAAGAAGACGCAGGAAAAGAAACAGGAGACGAAAGCAGCCAAGACCCUCUCAGCCAUCCUGCUGUCGUUCAUCAUAACGUGGACCCCGUACAACAUCCUGGUGUUGCUGAAGCCUCUGACGGCUUGCACGAAAUGCAUUCCGGCCGAGUUGUGGUCGUUUUUCUACGCUCUCUGUUAUAUCAAUUCGACUAUAAACCCGGUGUGCUACGCGCUGUGCAACGCCACCUUCCGGAGGACGUACGUCAGGAUCCUGACGUGCAAGUGGCACAACCGGAACCGGGAAGCGAUGACUCGUGGGGUUUACAAUUAGCGCGAGUUCGUGAGCUUGUGGUGGACCCACCGUUGGGUUCGGUGCCAAAAUGAAAUUGCCCAGUUUUGGUACUUGGAUUUCAAUGUACACCCAAAUCCCAUAACGUUGUCUAAUAUAUGUAUAUCUUAUUCUAUUUUUUGGGUUAAUUCGUUUAAUUGAUUCUGAAAAAUUUUAAGGUACUUUUAUUUAUUUGGACUUUCCAACUUGAAAGUGAUUUUAAAACUGUAUUUUAUUAUUUUUAAGCACGUAGUGUCUGUCUAUAAAAGCACCGAAUAAAUAUGCGUGAGAAAUAAAUAAAAUGACAAAUAAAAAAAUAUAUUAAUAAAACACUUUUUAACGGAAAAUUUUUAACACCUCAAUAAACAUGUCGAUUUCAGUCAUUUGGUAGUCUGUCCAGUUUAUUGACAAUGACGAACUUUAGUGUCCACACCGAGAGCUUUAGUUAGUUUGAGAAUUAAACGUACAAUGAUUUCGUUAGUUUGUGACAAAUUAUUUUUAAUUACCUUUAUUAGUUAGUGAUUUCACCGUC